AUGGAGCCGCCGGACGACUAUGUCCCGUCUGGCGUCGCGAUUCCAAUAUGCGUGUACACGGCCAGCGCAUCUUCUGCGGCCAGCGAGCCUUGCGCACUCGAGGUGACUUCGUCCAAGCAGAUCACCGUGACCGCCAAGACUGGGUCGUCGAGUCUCCGCGCCGACCAUGCGCUGCAAACGCCGACGGCCGACGACAUUGUGCGCCAGUCGAUGCAGCCGCUUCUGGAAGCCGUGGUCAACGGGAUCCACGGGUGCAUUCUCUGUGGCGGCAGCGCGCUCUCGCCGCACGUGGCGAUAUUCCAAGGCGACGAGACAACCUCCGGGCUGGUGGCGGCCGUGCUAUCGACGCUCAUCGCACUCCUCAGCGCAAAGACGUCGACGACGUACUAUCUCCGGGUUUCGUUCGUCGAGAUUUACGAAGAGACGGCGACGGAUCUGCUCACGCCCAAGCCAGUGGCCAUACCGCACAUCGACCACGCGACGCGACUGGGGCCGAUCAACUCUGUCGCGGCGCUCUCGAGCGUCCUUGCCAACGCACGGAAGCGGCGCCAUGCCGGCACGACCGCGCACGGUACACCCGCCAUCGACUUUGCCGCGGCCAUCUUUCGAGUGCACAUCAAGCAAGUCGAGAAUACAGGCAGCCGCAAAACCACCUACUCGCGCUUGAACGUAGUAGACUUGCCCGCGCUCAACCAUCUCAACGAGUCGGUGCGCUUGGCCGAGAGUCCGCUUCUCACCAAGUCACUCGUUGCAUUCGAAAGCCUCUUGCAGGCCCUCUCGACACCGUCGACCAGCUUUUUCCCGCCGUACGACGCUUCGCUCUUGACGGAGCACUUGCGGCAGGCCCUCGGCGGCGACUGUUCCACGAUGGCGUGUAUCGGGCUCGUGCCCAACGAUUUCGACGGCGCCAAAGCCAGCUUGCUGGUCGCGUCGCUGCUGCAGCAAGUGCACAAUUUUCCAAUCGUUCACAACGCAUUGGUCGACGGCCUGCAACGCCGGUACGAGCGCGAGACGCAGUCGCUCAAGGGCGAGCUCGCCUUUGCCAAGGCCCGUUCGAAUGAGAACAACAACCACAGUGAAGAGUCGAGCGAUCUCGUUGCGCUGCUGCAGGCGACGCACGAGCUCGAAGGGCGCUGUCUCCGAGAAAACCUCGAGAAAAUCAAGCUUCGAGAGCACGCCGAGUCGCUGCAAAAGGCGCUUGCCGAGUAUCGAACCAAGUACCAGACGCUCGUCGAAGGUGACGUGAACGUGCGGCAGCAGCUGCUCGAGAGCGAGCGCGAGAAGCUGCGCCUUAGCAAAGCACUGGUCGACCUCCAGCUCGCCCACGCGUCGAGCCAAGAAGACAUUGAGAAGAACUCGUUUGCACUCACAACGAAGCUUCUCAACGCAGAGAACGACGUGCUUGAACUUCAGAUGCGCGAGGAGGAGCACGCCGCGCACUUGAAGCGCGCGCAAGACGCAGCGAGUACAGCGAUGAGCGAGAAGCGGGAGCUAGCGAUCGAGUUUGUGGCGCUCAAAACCAACUUUGUCGCACUCCGCAGUGCCCACGAGAAGGAAGUCGCGACGCACCAGCAAGUCGGCCUCGAACUCUUGACACUCGUCAACCAAAAGAAAUCGCUGCUGGGGCAAAUGGAGGACCUCGAGCGUGGGAAGAAGGACGCUUUGGAACUGCGUGCCAAGGAUCAAGUAGCACUGGAUGCGCUAGCCAAGCAAACGAGCGAGCUCCACGAGCACCUCGCAGCCGAGAAACAACGAGCAGAGCGCCUCACCAAGACAAAUGUGGAGCUCGAGCUGCAAGUCAAGGCGCUGCGUCUCGAAGCCGACGCGCGGCAGCUGCAGUACGAAAAGGCGGCGCAAGAGGCGCUCCAGGAGCGAACGAAUCAUGCUCGACAGCUGCAGCAGCAAGCCCACGACCAAGCGACCGCCGCCCAAGCGCGCAUCGAGGCGCUCCAAGACCAAGUCAAAACGCUCACGUCGACCAUGCGCCAAAUGGCGCGCCAGAUCGAGGAUCUGGAGACGGUUGUGACCAGAAAGGCGAGCGAGAUCGAGGCGCUAACGCAAACCACAACGCGCCAAGCGAUGGACCUCGAAGCCACGGAGCGCGACUACCGCGCCAAGCUUGAGCAGCUCUUGCGGGCGGCGUCGGGCGCUGCGCCAGCCGCGGGUGGCGACGUCGUCGCUAAAGAGCUCAUCGACUCGUUUCGGAAGAAGGAAGAGGACCUUCUCGCGAUGCUCCGCGAGACGCGCCAGGACGCGACGCGGUGGCAGCGCCGCACGUACCAGCUCUAUGACGUGGCACUCCGUCUGCGCCGCAUCCUCCACGACCACGAUGUGCAAGCGGACGACGUGCCCAAGGACAUGGAGGCGUGGGCGUCCGAGACCGUGGCCCGUCACGCCGACAGCGAGGCAGCGGCGGAGCUCUGGCGCACCAAGUUCGAGGCAACGCAGCAUGAUUUGCACGUUCAGCUCGAAAAGAAUUUGUCAAUCGUCGAGAGCUACAAGGGCAUGCUGGCCGAGAAGAGCCUCGAGCUCACGCGCUUGAACGCCGAGUGCGCGAGUAUCAAAGCAGACCGCGAUCGCCUUGAGGCGCAAUGGGAGCGGUCCAGCGCCAUGCCAUCGCCCGGGGCGGGAAACGACGGCGCGGCUCAAGUGCGGCAGAUGCAGGAGACGCUGCUUGCGCAGAUCGCCGAGCUGCGACAGCUGUACGCCGCCAAGCAGACAGAUGCUGUCGAGCUCAGCGCGGAGCUACGGGCGCUCCAGAAAGAAAACCAAAAGCUCAAGAAAUUGCACAAGGUGCCGUCGGCCAACAUGGCCCAUGUGGAAGAGACCGAGCGCCGCUGUGCUGAACUGCUCACGCGCAACAUCAUGCUGACCGAGGAGGUCGCCAGCUUCAAGCAGCUGCUCAAGGCGACCGCCACCAAGUACCAGCGCCGACUCGCCGAGCUGCAGGAAACGCGGCAACACACAGUGUAGAGAUCGCACGGCGAAAAGGAGACAAAUUACAGAGUUUGUGGCGUCUUAAAACUUGAACACCAUAUCCGAAG